CAAGAAGAUAAAGCAGUUUAAAGCUUUAUAAAUGUGUCAGGAGUAGAGCACUCUGGUACAAUUUCAAGCAUGUCUCCACUUGGUUUAGUCGCCCUUUUACUGGGGCUCCGUUCUGUGUUUGGUGGGCCAGAACUGCUGCUAAACCCGGGCUUUGAGAAUGGAAUCAACGGUUGGCACAGCAGUGGGUUCCUAAUGACGACCGACACCACACACGUUCACGGGGGUGUGGCUUCUGUCAGGUGCUUGGGCAGAACCAACGUCAACCAGGGACCGUCGCAGAACUUCCAGGCCCACCCCGACACCCGUUACACCUUCCACGUUUUCUUGAGACUGGCCACGGGGUCCCCCACACAAGAGGCUAAAGUUACUGUUGCCCUCAAACGGUCAGACAACGGCCAAGACGAAUACAUCAGAGUGGCCAACCAUCCUUACAUUACCCCUGCCGAUGGAUGGGUUAACGUUGGAGGAAAUUUUCACAUACCAAAUCAUGCUUACAGCCAGGCCAGGGUGUACCUAGAGGGUAUCGCUACCAGUGUUGAGUUCUACAUAGACGACGCAUCUUUAAAGGAAUUGGAGUACAACUCAGGGUGGAAGGCGACUGCUAACGCCAAGAUUGAAGAGUUGAGAAAGAGUAACAUAUAUUUCAAUUUUCACGUUGACCCUAAGUUUAGUACCAGUGAUAUCAAAGUUAAGGGGAAGGCAUACGUAAAACCAUGAACUGAUUCAUCUUCCUCUUCUUCGGCCGAUAUUGACCACAGUGUCAUGUGACAGGAGCCUUGAACGAAUGGUUACCUCGACAAACACACAUCUUUACACAGGUUGCAGGCAGAGUUUCUUCCAAGC